GCGGCCUCGGGCCAUGGCGGAGCCGCCCGGAGCCGCCGCUCCGCGGGGCCGCGGCCGGGCCUGGCAGCGCGGCGGCUCCGCGCUGAUCGGUGAGGACGGCACGGAGCCCUCCGGCCCCGCUUUGAACGGUUCGGGCACGGAUCCCCCUGGCCCCGCUUUGAACGGUUCGGGCACGGAGCCCCUCGGCCCGCAGGAAGAUACGGAGCCCCCCGGCCCCGCUGAGGACGGUUCGGACACGGAGCCCCCCGGCCAUGCUCACAAGGGUUCGGGCACGGAGCCCCCCAGCCCGCAGGAGGACACGGAGCCCCCCGGCCCCGCUGAGGACGGUUCGGACACGGAGCCCCCCGGCCAUGCUCACAAGGGUUCGGGCACGGAGCCCCCCGGCCCCGCUGAGGACGGGCCGGGCACGGAGCCCCCCGGCCCGCAGGAGGACGCGGCUCCCCCGCUGGGGCCGGAGCUGUCGCUGGUGCCGCCGGAGCUCCGCGCGCGGCUGCUGGACCGGCGGGACUACCGGGGCCGUGCCCAGGCCGUGGAGCAGCUGCGGCGGGCGCUGGAGAGCUGCAGCCCCGCCGCGCUGGGCGCCGCGCCCGCCGCCGCCCUGCUGGGGCUGAUCGCGCUGCUGGACGCGCUGCUGCACGACCCCAACUUCGCGGUGGCGCGGGGGGCGCUGGAGGCGACCCGGCUGCUGGCGCUGCGCCUCGGCCGCCGCGUCCCCGCCGUGCUGGCCCCGCUGGUGUGCGCGGCCGCCCGGGCGCUCGGCGACGCGCAGCCGGCGAUGCGGCGGGACGGCGGCCGGCUGCUGCUGCGGCUGAUGGCGGCGGCCGGGCCGCGGCCCGUGCUGCGCCUGCUGCUGCAGGAGCGGCUGCUGCGGCACCGCAGCGCCCGGCUCCGCGAGGAGCUGCUCAACGCCUGCACCGCCGCGCUGCUCGCCUACCCCGCCGCCGAGCUGGACCUGCCGCAGCUGGCGGCCGCCCUGGCGCCGGCGCUGCUGGACGCCAAGCGCAGGGUCCGGCACGCCGCCAUGGAGGCGUUCGCCGCGCUGGCCUCGGCCCUGGGCCCCGGCAACGCCGGAGCGCUGCUCCGCGCCCUGGACGCGGUGGAGCUGCGGGCCGGCGGCGCGGGGGUGGCGCACGCCGUGCAGGCCCGGCUGGCCAGGAAGGUGCUGCCCAGGCUGGGCGAGCAGGGGCUCGUGGAGUACGGCGUGCCCUUGCCCUCGUCCGGCCGCUGCCGCGGGCCCUGCCCGCCGCCCGGCGCCGACACCGAGUGGCUGCUGAUGGGCAGCAGGAGCCGGAGCGCGCACGGCCGCUGCGGGCACGCCGCCUGCCGCGAUGCCCUGCGCGGCCCCGCCGGUGCCCAGCGCGGACUGAGCCCCAGGAGAGUCCUGAGCGCCGGCAGAGCGCUCAGAAACAAGCUGCCCUGGGAGAACGAGCCGGCUGCGGACAGGGAAGGUGGCUCGGGGGUGAGGAUGCCUGUCACGAAGGGUGUGGAGCAGUUGGCUGCAGCCAAUGAUUUCCUCCACUCCCCGCAGCUCCAGCCCUCGCAGGGAAGCCCAGGCAGUGAUGAGCUGCUUUUCAGCAGGAGCAGAGCUUCCAGGGCUUCAUGCCAGCCCAGUGUGGAGCUGAACUCGGAGCACUCUGCCCUUGCUGCUGGUGCUCUGGGCUCUCAUCAGCCCCAGAUUUCAGGGAAAUGUGGAACACUUGGAUACCCACAGGCACGUGGGAAGAGUGGCAGCGUGGGCUCUGAUUUGCAGUUUUUGGGACUGAAUAACUGUCAGCAGGACAAAGUUUGUUCCAGCCUCAGUUUUUCCAGCAAGACCCAGAGAAGUUUUUGCACUCAGGCAGAGCCCACCAUGUCCUUCCAAGGUCCCAGUGCCAGCCAGGGCACCUUCAUCCUGCCCUCCUUCCCCCUGUCAUCCCCCAGGAACAGCCCCAAGCACCUCUCUGCUCCUGCUGCCCCUGCAGGGAAGUCCCAGGAGGAUCCCAGGAGCCUCUCCAGUUCCUGGCCUCUCAAAAGCUUCCAGGGGCUGCCUAAGCCUGGUUGCCAGAAGCAGCUGCUCAGCCAAAAGCCAGGAGACAGCACAGGGGACAGCCCACUAGAGAAGUCCCCCCUGCAGCUGGAGAAGCCCCCCCUGCAGCUGGAGAAGCAUUCCCUGCAGCUGGAGAAGCAUUCCCUGCAGCUGGAGAAGCCCCCCGUGCAGCUGGAGAAGCAUUCCCUGCAGCUGGAGAAGCCCCCCCUGCAGCUGGAGAAGCAUUCCCUGCAGCUGGAGAAGCCCCCCCUGCAGCUGAGGGCAGCUCUGGGCAGAGCCCCGGGGCCGCAGGGGCUGCGGGGGGCCCGGCCCGUGCCCCCCAUCCCGCGCCUGCCCAGCCCCCGGGAGCCCCCCAGCAGCAGGGAGGGCACGGAGCUGGCAGCAGGGCUGGCAGAGCUGCACCUGGAGCCUGAGGAGGUGGACCAAGAAGAGAUGCAGAAUUCCCUGAGGUCCCUGCGGAACAGCGCGGCCAAGAAGAGGGCAAAGCUGAGCAGCAGCAUCGCCGAGCUGGAGAGCCCCGACUCGGCCGUGAAACUGGAAUUCUCCGGGGACUGCCCCUCCCAGGGCUCGUCCCCCGGCGCCGCCUCCACCGGCGAGAGUGGAAUUUCCAGCCUGGAGUCCCCCGUGGCCACGCUGCCCCCCAGGAGGAGAGUGAUGUCAGACACUUUUCCAGCACUUGGCAGCAAAUCCCAUCCUGCAAAAGUAUCUCCAGCAAGGCCCAGAGCCACAGAGGGGGCAGAGCAUCCCCCCAGCACAGGCCCUGCAGAGUCAGUGCCUGGUUUUGCACCAAAGAACGAUCUGGGUUUCACUUCUGAAGACGUUGCUGUUGUUGGCAAAGGUGUUUUUGGGAGCCCUCCUGCCCCAGCUCCCAGCCAGUCCAUGCCCUGUGUGGCCAAUGGGGAUGCCCAGGGUGCCAGGGAGGGGGCAGAGGCAGCCCCAGGGAGAAGCUUCCAGCAGGACAGCCCUUCCCAUUGCCAUUCCCAUGCAGGGGAUGAAGGAGAGAUAAAAGUGACCUUGUCAAAAUCUGCUCAGGAGAAGCUGAGGAGGAAGAGGAAAGAAGACAAAGAACACAGCCAUAAAGAGCAGCAGGAAGGCAAAGACGUGGAAGGGAAGGAAGAAUUCCCUUGGGAAAGGAUUAGACUGAGUAUGAGUGAACCAGAGAAACUCACAGCAGAAAGGUUUAAUCUCUGUGGGGAUUUAUUGACAUCACCAAGAAAUGGAUCUUUGUCCUUAGAAAAUGUGGCCUUGAACCCUUCCCUGAAAAGAACAUCCAGUUUGAAGAGGUCAAAGUGUUCAUCCUUGCUAGAUUCUGAGGAGCCGUGCCCGCCGCGGGGCCGCUGCCGGGAGCCGCCGGUGACGCAGAGCCCCGAGGUGCUGGACCCCGCCGAGCUGCUGCCCUUCCCCCGGCCUGAGCCCGCGCUGGCAGCGGCGCUGGCGCUGCUGGCUGACCACGACUGGGAGAAGAAAAUUGAAGGUCUGAACUUUGUCAGGUGCUUGUCUGCCUACCAUGCCCCUAUUCUGACUGCAAAGCUCCACGAAACAACUCUGGCUGUGGCUCAAGAGGUCAAGAAUUUACGCUCAGGUGUUUCUCGAGCUGCUGUGGUCUGUUUAGGGGAUUUGUUCACCCACCUGAAAAAGAGCAUGGAUCAAGAACUAGAUAAUGCAGUAAAAGUCCUUUUGCACAAAGCUGGGGAAUCCAACACUUUUAUAAGGGAAGAGGUAGACAAGGCACUGAAGGCCAUGGUUAAUAAUGUGACUCCAGCACGUGCACUUUGUUCUCUUAUAAAUGGAGGGCAAAGCCACCUGCACUCGGCCGUGAGGAGGUGCACAGCCCAGCACCUGGGGGACAUCGUGGAGCGCAUGGGCCCCGAGCGCGUCCUGGCCGGCGGCCGGCCCGUGGCUGAGCGGCUGCUCCCUGCCAUUGCCAGGUUUGCCCAGGACAGCUCGCAGCAAACACGGUACUACGGGCGGAGGAUGCUCUUCAGCAUGAUGGAUCAUCCUGACUUGGAUAAAACCCUGGAGAAGUUUGUGCCAGCCAAGGAUUUGCCUUACAUCAAGGAAACUGUUGGCAGCCUACGAGAGAAGGGCCUGGGGGAGAUGCCCUUGGAUACACCCUCAGCCAAAGGGAGGCGUUCCCAGACUGGAAAUGUUGGACAUUUGAGGUCGUCCUCUACUUGCAGAGAUGCUCCCAUCAUCCCGGACAGGGACAGCACGGAGGCCCACGAAGCCCCAAGGAGAGCAGCUCCUCGCAGUGCCCUGGAGAGUGAGGAAUAUGUCAGGGACAUCGUGGGGCUCCUGAACGCCAAAGAUUUCCGGGAGCGCAUCGGGGGCGUGCGGCAGCUGCUGCUGGACACGGAGAGCAGCCCAGGCCUGGUGCUGGCCAACAUCGUCAGGAUCUUUGAUGCUUUCAAGCCUCGCCUACACGACUCCAACAGCAAAGUGAACCAGGUGGCUUUGGAGGCCAUGCACAAGAUGAUUCCACUGCUCAAAGACAAUUUAUCACCUGUGAUCAACAUGUUAAUUCCUGCCAUAGUGGACAACAACCUCAACUCCAAAAAUCCAGGGAUUUAUGCAGCUGCCACAAACGUUAUCCAGGCUCUAUGUCAACACUUAGACACCUCCUUGCUCCUGCAGCCAUUCUGCACAAAAGCCCAGUUCCUGAGUGGGAAAGCAAAGCAGGACCUGACAGAAAAGCUGGCUGAGCUGGUGCCGGAGCUGUACCCUCGGAAGCCCUGUGCCGUGGAGCAGAAGGUGCUGCCCGUGCUGUGGCACCUGCUGGGCAGCUCGGCCAGCGGCGGCUCCGUGCCCGGCCCCCGCGCCGCCGCGGCCGCCUUGGCCCAGGCCCUGUGGGCACAGAUGGGCCCCGGCCUGCUCGCCCACGCCGCGGCCCAGCCCCCGCACAUCAGGAAGAGCCUGGAGGAGCUUUUGGAGACGGGAACGUAAAACUGUGAAAUCGCCGUCCCCGCAGAGGCUCCAGCCCAGGACCUGUCCCUGGAUUGCCCACGAAGAACCACGGUCACAUCAGCACUGCGCUUUACGUGGAGAAGUGGAAGAGAAUCCUGGGCACAGUGAUGCAGUGCUGUUUGUGAAAAACAUGUAUUUUUGUAGCCCCACAGGCAGUGGUGCAGUAUUUGUUGUCUCAGGGCUGGGCAGUGGGGGGAAUGAACCCCAACCCUUUUCUUUCCCCAGCUGUGGGCUCUGGACACAUUGGACAUGGGACACAAUGAGAUAUAUAAAUAAAGGGAUUUAUUUCUGUA